CCUUUGAUAUUUGUUUCUUUUUUUGUUUUAUUGUAACACUGAUAACGUGUGGUGCCACUACUAACGCUCAGUCGCGCGAUAUGCUCGAAACGAGUAUGUACCUACAAUGUUCGACAAGUACGUGUUCACUUUAUCUGACAUCGAUAAAGAAUACAUUGCAAAACAUUUGAAUGAAACGGAUGAGGUUAGACAGGCGGCUUUGGAGGAAACAAAGAAAUGGCUAACGGAUGUAAGGCCCGAUUUACACGCCCGACUAAACGACAAACACCUUUUACCCUUCCUGCGCGUUUGCAAAUUCAACUUGGAACGAACCAAAGAGAAACUGACAAAUUAUUACACCAUGAGGAGAGACAGAACGGAGUGGUUCCAAAACAGAGACCCGCUCUUACCAGAGAUACAAGAACUGGUAAAACUAGGCGUUCUUAUACCCUUAAAGGAAACAUUCGAGGGCAAACUGGUUGUUAUAAUUCGUACAGCUGCCCACGACCCGUGGAAGCAUAAACAAAACGACGUCUUCAAGACGGGCAAGAUGUUGCUAGACAUAGCGGCCUUGGAGGAAGAAAAAGCCCAAAUCUAUGGCGUCACCGCCAUCUUCGACAUGGCCGGCGUGGGAUUAGCGCACGCGAGACAACUCACGCCCUCUAUGAUCAAGCAAGCCGUGUUCGCUUGGCAGAACUAUCACUGCAGGCCCAAACAACUUGAAUUCGUGAACGCACCGCUUUAUAUCAACAUUGUGCUGAAAGUGUUCAAAAGUUUUCUUUCGGCCAAGUUAAGGGAAAGGGUAAGAGUGCAUUUCGGAAGCAUUGAGUCCCUCCAUCAGGUGGUGGACCAGAAAAUUCUGCCUCCGGAGUAUGGGGGACAGGGUGAAAGUAUGGAAAGUCUGGUGGUGUAUUGGAAUGAGAAAUUGGUGGAUUAUAAGCAGUGGUUCGCUAACGACGAGCAGUACAAAGCAGAUUGAAUUGUUUUAUUUUUUGUAUUUGGAAUUUAAUAAUUAACUUUGUAUGUUUCACAGUACGUGUUACAUUAUAAUAUGCUGUAUCCUUAUGUACCAACCACAUAAGUUAAAAUUAUUGAUUAUUAGCAAUAUAUUAUCUAUUUGUAUAUUUAUUAAAAAUUAAUAAACUUUGAUG